CAGCGAGCUGCUGCAGCUGUCCACGGUAACUAGUGAGAGCCAAAGCGGGUCCGGAUACGCACGAGAUGCGGCCAUAGUCACGCUGCACCGUCUUACACCAGAACCCGUCCGGAUCGGCAUUCUUACAGAGCAAAGGUGACUGAAAGCCUGUGAGGCACCAUGGCUGAGCAACAGAGGCAGCGCUCUCUGUCCACCGCAGGGGAGUCUCUCUACCACGUGCUGGGAGUGGAAAAGGUGGCCACGUCGGACGACAUCAAGAGGUCCUACAGGAAACUGGCGCUAAAGUUUCACCCGGACAAGAACCCGGACAAUCCGGAGGCGUCAGAAAAGUUUAAAGAGAUAAACAAUGCCCAUGCCAUCCUGAAUGACCCCACAAAGCGUAAUAUCUAUGAUAAAUAUGGCUCUCUGGGACUGUAUGUGGCUGAGCAGUUUGGGGAGGAGAAUGUUAACACUUACUUUGUCCUUUCAAGCUGGUGGGCAAAGGCUCUGUUUGUAUUCUGCGGCCUGGCCACUGGAUGCUACUUCUGCUGCUGCCUGUGCUGCUGCUGUAACUGCUGCUGUGGACGGUGUAAGCCUCGGCCUCGGGAGGGCCAGGAGCAGGACUUCUACGUGUCCCCCGAGGACCUGGAGGCUCAGCUGCAGUCUGACGAGAGAGAGGCUGCCGGUGAGCCCAUAGUUCUGCAACCGUCGGCAACAGAGACGACCCAGUUAACGGCGGAUGGGCACUACUCCUACCACACUGACACCGCCUUCAACUAAUUAGCCCCUUCGCUCCGGUCAGUCCCAGUCCGGGGUCCUGCCUGCUUCCCUGCGCCACCUCAGUGAGAUGAAAGAAAAAGGCAAAUCCAUCCUUCCACGUCAGAAGAAGAGCCAUGCAGAGGAGCGUGGACUUGUCAGCAUGGCCUUUCAAAGGAACUAAAGAAGUCACAUCCCCUCCCAUCCUUCCCCGAUUGUACUUUUCCCGCGUGCAAGAAGGAAAGAGAAACAACUAAACUGUUUCCCUUUGGUUUCUUCUUUUGCACUUUAACCACACAGGUCGCCCACCCUGCUUCCCCUUUUCCCAUCGUUUGCAUCAUAGUGUAGCAUGCACUGUGUAGAAAACAUUGUCCCUAUAAUUUCUUUACUCCUUGGCAACAGUUUUACUUAUUAGCAAGACUCAUACCAUAUGUGCAGUGGUGUUAAAAAGAGCACAGCUCACCAGAAGAAAGAGGUAAAGUUUACGAGAUAUUUUAUGCAGAAGGAACGGAGAGCCAGUUCUCAUCAGGGAUGUGCCGGUUGGAAAUAUGUGUAAAGCUUCAGGCGGUCAGUGCCAUUAUUAAACUUUAGAGGACUGAUUUGUCCCCACGAUUGCACUUUUCACUUCUAAUUUGAGAUCUAUAUUGUUUUCAACCCAAAAAGAGCUCAGACACAGUUUUUUGUUCGUCUCUUCUGUGUUCUCCAUGAGCCGUUUUGUUCCGAGUCUUGAGCUUGUUAAGGCACACAGCGUUGUUUAUGGAUAGGUGUUCAUAAAUACUUACUGGGGGGACAAUUUAUGCUUUAAUUAUUAUUCAGCAUCAGCUUUACAUCCCUUCACAGGCCAAAGGGCAUAGACUGCUUUCUACGCUUCAUGACAGCAGGUUUGUUGUUAUAUUUUUCAAAACAAUCUCCCAUAAAGGAUUUGGCCCAUCUUAGGUUAAGAAUGUAUUUUAUGUUCCGCUAUUAUUUCACCAUAUCAACAGCGUAUAAUCAACUCUGGAUGCAAAAUUUUUAAUUAAUUUCACACAAAGCAAAACUUUUCCUUCAAGGAGUUCAAGUUCAUUUAGCUACACCUCAUCCAAGCUGGUUUUAUUUUUUAUUUUUACUAUAUUUUAUUUUUGCUAAACUGUGCACAGUGCUAAGUUUCAUCUUAUCCAGAUUUUUCUAUUUUUAUUAACAUUUUAUUGUGCAACAUCAAGCUCAGCUUUGUCAGGCUUCAACUCAUCCAAGAUGGUUUAAUUUAUUUUAUUGCAUCGCGUUAAGCCAAGGAGCUCAACUGUGUUAAGCUGCACCUCUUUCAGGCAGAUGUUAUUUUAUUGUGCUGUGCUACAUUAAGCCAAGGAGCUCCAGUUUAUCCAGCUGCACCUCAUCUAAGCUGGUUGAGUCACACGCUUUUUUCUUUUUUCUUUUAGGAGUUUAGUAGACAACAAACGCUAAAUGCCCCACUCUUCCUGGAGUAUUUUGAAUCUAAGCCUGGUAUUUUGUCCGAUGCUGUGAUCGUUCAUCGUUGUUGACUUUUUGAACCUGCGAUAUGCAUCUCUGAGAAAAAGACUUUUCUAUAUUUUUUUGUUUGUUUGUUUUGCCCCAUGUACAUCUUUGCUACUUUUGCUGCUUCAUGACAACAGUUGAUGUGUUUAAAUGGUUUACAAUUGGUGAGCCCCCGUAGCCCACCCCUCUGCUAAUACUGGUAUGGAUGUUGACCUCUGUGGCCCUCGUAUGAUGUUUCCUGUAACCCCUCGAUGCAACAUAGAUGUUCCUGUCAUGGCUUUUUCGUUGAGAUACUGAAAAAUGCUACUGUAAAUGUUCUCAGCUCAAUGCACUGUGUGUUGAAAAAAAUCAUUAUGGAUCAGGAAAUGACUCCAAAAAUACUAUAUAGUGUAACUAUAGUGAAAUGGUUAAAUGAUGCAUUUUUGAAUUUCUUUUUUUUAUUUCAUAUUCUGUCAUGUUUUAAAGCAGGAUUUCCAAUCAUUUUAAAUGGUAUGGUGUUGUAAUGUAACCGUUAAUUCCAGCCAGAGAUGGUUUAAUGGUUGAAGCUGCCGGUACAUACACUUGGCCCAUAUAAAGUAUAAACCUUGACGUUUAUGUUGUAGCAUGGUAACUGUGUGUCUGGAAGAAAACAAGUGGAUCAUUGAUCUGAUUUGAUGUUGUUGAAUAAAUGUUCCUCAACA